UCUUAUACUUACACUAAUCUUUUACACCUCUCCAAACUUUCAGUGAAAACACACACACACACACACUAGAUUUUCAAGUCAUAAGAGCAAAAGAACAAAGCUCAAGAAUGGUAGUACUACUAUUUUCCAAGAAUACAUAAAUCCAAAGAAAAAAAAGAAUCUUGGAAAUAGUAGAUCAAGAAAAUGGAACUUACUAUAAAGAAAACAAAAUGGAUGCUACCUCUAGUUUUUGCCAUUUUAAUCUCCAUUUUCCUAAUCAUUUUCAUUUCUACUAAAACCCCAUUUCAAAAAUCACCCAAUAAAGCUAAAGUUCCAAUCUUUGUUGAAUCAAAGCUACAUACAUCUCAAACUAGGCCUAUUUCAACAAUACCCAGAUUAGCUUAUUUGAUAUCUGGUUCAAGUGGAGAUGGGGUUAGUUUAAAGAGAACAUUAAAAGCAUUGUACCAUCCAUUGAAUCAAUAUGUAGUUCAUUUAGACCUUGAAGCACCAGUUGAUGAGAGAUUAGAGUUAGUUAACUUUGUUAAAAAUGAGCCUUUAUUUGUUAAAGUUGGGAACGUGAGAGUAAUUGUGAGAUCUAAUUUGGUUACUUAUAGAGGUCCUACUAUGGUUAGUAAUACACUUCAUGCUGCUGCUAUUUUGCUUAAGGAAGGUGGUGAGUGGGAUUGGUUUAUUAAUCUUAGUGCUUCUGAUUAUCCUUUGGUGACUCAAGAUGAUUUACUUCAUACUUUUUCAACCGUGCCAAGAGAACUUAAUUUUAUUGAGCAUACAAGUGACAUUGGAUGGAAGGAAUACCACAGAGCCAGGCCUGUAAUAAUCGAUCCAGGGUUGUACAGCCUGAAUAAAUCAGACGUCUUCUGGAUCCCACAGAAAAGAAGUAUGCCGACAGCAUUUAAACUAUUCACAGGCUCUGCUUGGAUGAUGCUCUCUCGCCCCUUUAUGGAGUACCUUUUAUGGGGGUGGGAUAACCUCCCUAGGAUAGUCUUAAUGUACUAUGCCAACUUCCUUUCGACGCCUGAAGGAUACUUCCACACUGUCAUAUGCAAUGCAGAGGAGUUCAUGAACACUACAGCGAGUCAUGACCUGCAUUUUAUAUCCUGGGACAAUCCUCCAAAGCAACAUCCACAUUUUCUCAGUCUUAACGAUUACCAGAACAUGGUCGACAGCAAUGCAUCAUUUGCUAGAAAAUUUGGAAGGAACGAGCCAGUGCUCGACAAGAUUGAUUCUGAGCUCUUGGGACGCGAAGCUGAUGGUUUUGUUCCUGGUAGUUGGUUUGAAGGUGGAGAUGCAAAUGCUACCAUCUCACAGUACAUAUUAAGAAACAUAACUUCACUGAGACCGGGGCCAGGUGCACAGAGAAUAAAAACUCUUAUUUCUGAUCUUUUAUCUGAUAAAGAUUUUCACAAAAAACACUGCAUUUAGUUCCUGGUCGCGUGACAAAAUUGAUUUGCUAUUGCGAAAGUCUCUCAGUUGAAUAACAGAUUAGUCGACAGUUGCUUACUGCCCUUGAACGCGAUGUAUUAAUAAUCGGGGAUGGAGCAGCUAUACCAUAUUCCAACAUAUACUGCUGUGAAGGUUAAGUCAGGAGUAGAUAUGUAUUGUUUUUGUAGGAUACUUGUAUUUUUGUUAGCCAAAGUGCUGAUGAGAUGUUACUAUUAUUGAAUGAGGUACAUUUUUCAAAGGCAUGAAUAAUGCUAUGCUACAGUACCA